UGUGUGUUCAUAUCCUGUCACGUGGUUGUUUCCUCUACUCAGACCGCUGCUUACAAACACAACACAGUUAGCCUUGGCAUGCUGCACUCUGGAGGGUUUUCAGCAAUGCAUGCCGGCAGAAGCAUGACUUUAAACUUGCAGACUAAAUCUAAAUUUGAAAACCAAAUGCUUCAAGAGCUACCUCCACCGAAAGUAAGUAUGGGAUGGACAGCAUAUACCAGCCUUACAAAAUAAAUUAAUGUUUGCUUUUUCCUGGUUUAGCUUUGCCUAUUCUUCAUGCUUAUACUAUACUCAGUCCCAAAAGCAAAGUUGAUGAUAGCAUAGUUUGCUCAGUCAAUAACCUUGCUUUUUGGACUAAGUAGCUUCUUACAUGGCUGUCAUUACUGCUUUCUGCUCUUGUGUUAUAGACAGACUGA